AUGGCCGCCAAAGAUCCCAUCACCUGCCACGUCCUCGACACCACGGCCGGUCGACCCGCCAAAUCCAUCCGCGUCCGUCUAGAAGGCCCUCGCGGCUCCCAACCAGCCAAGGAGUUCGAGUCCAUCACAGACGACGACGGUCGUAUCAAGGUCUGGCUUCCUUACAGCUCAGCCACCUCCUCGGGCGAAGUCCCCGUCUACACGCUCGACGAUGUCCUGGGCCAGGUAGAAGGAUCGUCGAUAUGGACGCUGCGUUUUGACAUCGAGGGCUAUUAUGGAGAGGGCAAGACGUUUUUCCCCGAGGCCGUUAUCGUCUUCAGGGUCCAGAAGGGACAGCACUAUCAUGUGCCGCUGUUGCUGAGUCCAUAUAGCUAUACUACCUACCGUGGAAGCUAA